UUUUCCCUGGUGGCAACGGGGCUGGGGGGGGCGUUACAAAAUGGCUGCCGCGCAUGCGCCGUAGGCGGGCGCGGCGGGUUUGAACGGGGCUGAGGGGAGGCGGCUCCGUCCCUUGUUCUGCCGUUGUGACAGCAGAAGACAAUGGCUUCUUCAGAUCUGGAAGACUUGUGCUUUCACAUCAACAUGAAGAUUUCAACUAUUAAAAAGACUCUGCAAUUAAGAAGCAUCGGUCAAGAACCAUCCUUCAAGUCUAUGCUCUGCAAAAUAGGACAAGAGAUGGUUCUCUUGCACGAUCUCCUGAAUAAAAUGGAAAUGGAAGUUCAACAGCAAGAAAAACUGAAGAAUUUGCUCAAAGAGCUCCAGAAGUCUGCUGAGCGAGAUCAAAGCGAAGCCCAGCACCUCCGCGAAAACAUUCCCCUCCACCUGCCUAAACCGACUCGGAGCUGUAUCGCUGGGCCAGCUGCGAAAAGCGAGGACCAAAUGAAAGCUGCAGAACCUGAACACGCAAAAAAACCUGCCAAGGAGCCAAGAUUUAUUAAAGAAGCAUCUUUAAUAACCACAGAAGAAUUUGAAAGCGUUCCCGCGUACAUGAAAGGCCGCUUGACGUACGAUCAAAUUAACGCCGUCGUUCAAGACCUCAACAAGGCCGUGGUGGGCAAGUACAAGAUCCUGCACCAGCCUCUGAAAUCCAUGAACGCGUCGGUCAGGAAUCUCUACCACCGAUUCCUGGGGGAGGAAACGAAGGAUACGAAAGGCGAGUUUUUUGUCGUGGAGGCCGACAUCAAGGAGUUCACCCAGCUGAAAGUGGAUAAGCGCUUCCACAGGAUCCUCAACAUCCUGCGCCACUGCCAGCGGGUCAGAGAAGUCCGCGGCGCGCGCCUCGUCCGCUACGUCAUCUGCUGAGGGAGUUUCCUGGAUUCUGCUCGCCCGAAAGACGUGGAGGGCAGAGAGACGAAGAGAUUUUGUCCUCUGCAGGGAGAUUCUGUGUGUGGGCACUCCUCUUAAGCUCUCAUUUUCUAAAACUCAAUAAUUCAGGACCAAAAAGUGUUUUACAAGCAUCUCUUCCACAUUUAGAGCAGCGAUAUCAAAGGGCCUUGAAGCAUUUGAGUUUAAUUUCUGGAAACCUGGGAGGCACUGAUGUCUCUUGGUACCUUAAAACCACAAACCAGGUGCAGAUACAACCACAAACCAGGUGAAAUUGGCUCACCUGUAGUCGUAGGAAGCUGUAAUCACCUUUUUAAUGUUAAAUUCUCUGCCUGUUAACCUUCCUUUCGUGUUUACGAGGUGGAGACCGGAGUUACUACUCCACAGAAACCCAAAAGAAGCACUGGGUUCUUUUUAAUGCCUCAAACCAAUUCCCAGAUUUCCUUUCCUUAAUCUUUUUUUUUUAAAUUCCUGUCCUAACUGUGCGUUUUGGAGUUCCUUGCAUCGUUUGAACAGGAAGAUCUGAGGUGGUUUAAACGUUUCCAGACCGAUGCUCGGGUGGUUCUGCUGCCCAUAUGGUUUUCAUACUUCAUUCAUCCAGAUUUUUUUUGCUCAGACCAACACACUAAAGAGCAGAACAGGACUCAUUUUUUCCCUUUUGUAGUGAAAACGUUGAAUUACAUUUAUAAAUACUGGCCAAACUCCACAUUUUUAGAGUUUUUUGAAAGGUGGUGAUUAAUUUCAACUCUGUGAGUGAUGAAAAUUGCUUUGAUAAGAAAAGUUCUAGUCUUUUUUUUCUUCCCUGAGCCUCUAUCUGCUGUUAUCCCAGCAACUAUUUGAAAAUCCUUCUUGUUUUACCCUGUCAGCUGACAAUUUAAUGAGCAAACAAUCCUGAAUAAACUCAGAACCUGAUCAAUAAAGAGAUUCUGGCGAGUACCAAA